AAUAUCACGCAAUAUACGUAUCGUUUUGUGAUGGUCAGCAAGAAAAAUCAUAAUAUCAUUAGCAAGCUGCCAAGCUAAUCGCAUAAGAAAUAACUCAGUAACUGCUAUUUUUACGCAGGCUACUCGUCGUGGAUGACGCUGAAGAUGCAGCGUAAACUCUACGGAGAUGCCCUGGGAUUGCUAAUGGAUUUACAUAAAAUAGUGGUUCCUCACUUGCAAGAGAUCAGUCACAAAACUCGCGUGAUUGUGACGUCACAAAGCAGAUACAAGAUCUUAGACCAUGAGAGUCGAAUGAAGUUGUUCAGUAUCCCACACGGAGACCCCGCUUACGACUGGAGCGAGGCGGUGUUCCUCUAUUACCUGCGGCGCGGCUCACGGCACCAGCCACCUCCUUCACGACAUGGCCGCCAUGACUCACGACCCCGAGACCACCUGGUUCCCGAAGUGGAGGACAGCGGAGUGUGGUGGUGGGACACGAGUCUGCCGCUGAGCCUGGCAGAAAACAGAGAGUGUGAGGAACUGUACCUCCGCGGUCUGACCACCCACCCUGCGUACAAUAAUUUCUCCCUCAAGUGUACAGACAACAUCCACUCGGGCGGCGUCACCCUCGGGGACCAGGCCACCAUGCUGCUCAACCUGGUGUGCAACUCAGUGUUGGGGACACGCGAGGAGGUGUGCUGUGGCUGACACGAGGGAGGCAGGAACUGUCACUACCUCGGAGAUCUCAUCUACUGUACAUCUGAAGCACUAGUGUUUUAUUAAGUCAGAAUAAGCAAAACUCGACUCAGCAACUACUUAUGACUCCUAAGUGACCUUCAAGGCAACCUGUGGUAUACGUGAAACUACAAAUCAGUCACUCAGCAAGAGCUAUUCUUCCCGUACUGGUGCAAGUCAGGCUGUAUUCAUAUUGCUGACUUGCUGCACUCUUGCACAUUCCAGUAUAGCGAUGCCAUGACCAGGACAAGCUUUAUCAUCUUCCUCACUAUUUGCAACAAUUUUUUUUUUCCUGGCUCAGCUUCAUUUUAUAUUUACGAUAUCACAAGCAACAGAUUUUUUUUUAAUUUUAACUAAUUUCUUUCGUGCUCCUUUCAAUAAUGACCGCA